CCUCCUUCUUUCCUUCUCUCUUUCUAAGAAAUUAAUUCACACCACUACCAAAAGAAAACUAGAAACUAUUCACCAUAAAGAUUCUUAUUAUUUAGUAGCAACAACACACAACUACUUCUCCCAAAAAUAUUAGAGGAAAAGAACAAAGAAAAAAUGGGAAAUUGUUGUCACAAACCUGUGGAUGUUGUUCCUUCCACUCAAGUCAGAUACAAUCCAUCAGUAAUCAAGAAAAAUAUUAGUACACCUCCAGCAAGUAACACAAGGACGGUGGUGGCGGAGCCUAGCGGAGAUGGUGGUUAUUCGGGAAAAGUGGAAGUUCCGGCGAGUGGAAAAAUAAUUACGCCAAAUUUAAAAAUGUUUACUCUAGCGGAAUUGAGGAGCGCUACGAAGAAUUUUCGCCCCGAUACCGUGCUAGGAGAGGGAGGAUUUGGUACAGUCUUUAAAGGAUGGGUUGAUGAUAAAACCUUUGCACCUUCUAAAGUUGGAGUUGGUAUGCCAGUUGCUGUUAAAAAAUCUAAUCCUGAUAGUGAACAAGGUCUCAAGGAAUGGCAGGCUGAAGUAAAGUUUUUGGGAAAAUUUAGUCAUCCAAAUUUAGUAAAACUAAUUGGAUAUUGUUGGGAAGAAAAAACAUUUCUUCUAGUAUACGAACACAUGCAAAAAGGAAGCUUAGAAAGUCAUCUUUUCAGAAAAGAAGGUGCAGAAGCAUUGUCAUGGGAUACAAGGCUAAAAAUAGCAAUAGGAGCAGCAAAAGGACUUGUUUUCUUACACACCACAGAGAAACAAGUUAUUUACCGCGAUUUUAAAGCUGCCAAUAUUUUACUAGACACGAAUUAUAAUGCAAAGCUUUCAGAUUUUGGACUAGCAAAAAUGGGUCCAGUAAAUGGUGACUCACAUGUGACCACAAGAAUUGUUGGCACUUAUGGCUAUGCUGCCCCUGAGUAUAUGGCCACUGGUCAUUUGUACGUAAAGAGUGAUGUAUACGGGUUUGGAGUUGUGUUACUCGAAAUACUUUCGGGCCAGAGAGUACUGGAUCUUACCAGGCCCAGUGGACAACAUAAUUUAGUAGAUUGGGCUAAGCCCAUGUUACCUGACAAAAAGAAGCUAAGGAAAUUAAUGGACCCAAGAUUAAUGGCCCAAUACCCAUUAAAGGCUGCAUGUCAAAUAGCACAAAUUAUAUUACAAUGCCUUGAACCUGAUCCAAAAAAUAGACCUUCCAUGGAAGAAAUUUUGGAGUGUUUGGAACAAUGUGACGGGAUCCAAAUGAAACCGCAAGUAAAAAAUAUGACGAGAAAUCACAACCAAGGAGGGCAUCGGUCGCCUCUCCACGUUAAGAAAACGAGUAGUGGUAAUGUGAUUGGAAACCAAGGCUAUCGAGCUCAUCCGAACCGUAGCUAUUAGCUAUUAAAACUCGAAAGGGAGAUCAAGUGGAGUUCAAUGGUUAUAUGGCCUAUUACAAAUGUUCUUUUAGUUAUACAAUCAAUUUCACGAAAGAUCUUUAUGAUUUGUGUGGGCUUUUGUUUAUCAUAGGCCCAUUCCAACUUUAGGCCCAAUAGGUGAGGCCCAUUAAGGGGGCCCACUAAGACCUGUUGGUAGUUUGAAAUGGUCUUAGGUCAUCAUGAGAAAAGCUGGCAUUUGUCUGUAUUCAGACUGAGGAUAGUCAACUUCAACAGAAAAAAGGAAUUCCACUUAUCACUAUAAUUUUUUACUUUUUUAGAAGAAAAAAAAAGCUUUUUUACUUUUUUGAAUAGGUAUGAUUGUAUUGCCUUUUGUCUGUAUAUUUUAAAUUUUUUGGAUCCAUUUCUAAAGUGAUCAUGUAUCAUAUUCUUAAGGUCAAUAUUGAUUUGCCUUUAUAACUUUCUUGUCUUUAUCCCUUGGGUCACUCUCACCUUCUAAGAAAGGGCAAGUAUAUUCAUUUUAACAAGUAUAUAUGUAUUAGGGUGUGCUCGAUAUAUACAUAGAAUUUAUUUUUUUAAUUA